CUUUUGUGACACGCUUUCUCUCUCUACAGUUGGGGUUUUAUUUUUUUAUUUUUUAUUUUUUAUUUUGUCUUUUGGGAACCCUAGCUCAGAUACCCUGCUUCAAAAAUGGGUGACGAGGCCGCGAAGGUUGUUGUUCCUCGAAACUUCAGAUUACUGGAAGAACUUGAAAGAGGUGAAAAAGGAAUCGGGGAUGGAACUGUCAGUUAUGGGAUGGAUGAUGCUGAUGAUAUCUGUAUGGCUUCUUGGACGGGAACUAUUAUUGGUCCGCCUAAUACUGUUCAUGAAGGACGCAUCCAUCAACUCAAGCUAUUUUGUGGACAGGAUUACCCUGAUAAUCCUCCGAACGUUAAAUUUCAAACUCCGAUUAAUAUGACCUGUGUC